GUGUUCCUUCCUCUUUUUGCAGCUGGUGUCUGCAGAAACCUGUCAGUUAGAUUUCAGGGGGUCAGACCUUCAGUCUAUAGCCACGCCCACCGGUCUGGCCCCGCCCCCCAUUGAGAGGUCAGGUGUGAUUGGAGAAUCCAGACCGCCGUCCUUCCAUGCUGCUGUUGUUCUCAGUCAGGAGGCGCUGCAGGGGUCAGAGGUCAGCGCCGUCUCCUCCCCAGAAGAAGAGCGAGGUGAGCGUCUGAAUGGCCACGCCCCCAGGCCAGCUGAUCAGAAUGCGGCGGGGCCAGCAGGUAUAGGCGACAGCUCGUCAACUCAGCACAGCAGCCAGUUAGAGACAACCAGCUUCUGCUCCUCGGAGGACGACUCCGGGGGAAGGUUCAGCCAAUCAACAGGACGGAGCAGCUCCUCGCCAAGACUCGUCAGGCGACAGCGCCGACGCCACCGAAAACCCAAAACACAGCAGCGGAUGGAGAGGUCUGUGUCUUUCAGCAGUGUUACUGACUCCACCAUGUCGCUCAACGUCAUCACUGUAACUCUGAAUAUGGAGAGGUAUAACUUUCUGGGUAUCAGUAUAGUUGGUCAGAGUAACGACAGAGGAGAUGGAGGAAUUUAUAUUGGCUCCAUCAUGAAGGGCGGAGCGGUGGCAGCAGACGGACGUAUCGAGCCUGGAGACAUGUUACUGCAGGUGAACGACAUCAACUUUGAGAACAUGAGUAACGACGACGCUGUCCGAGUCCUGAGAGAGAUCGUUCACAAACCAGGUCCGGUCACCUUAACUGUGGCAAAGUGUUGGGAUCCAAACCCACGAGGCUGCUUCACACUGCCAAGGAGUGAGCCGGUACGUCCAAUCGACCCGGCAGCCUGGGUGUCGCACACCGCCGCCAUGACGGGGAGACUCCCCCCACACUACGGUGAGACUCCAUCUGCCACUGCAGCCUCCAUCUGUACAUCCAAUCACGACUCAACAUUAACCUGCCGGUGUUUUUCAGGCGUCCAUGAAGAAAACCAUCUCAGCAUCCACAGCGAGAUGACAGCUGUUGUCAAGGCGAUGGCCAAUCGCGAGUCGGGCUUGGAGGUACGGGACCGGAUGUGGCUGAAGAUCACCAUCCCUAACGCCUUCAUUGGUUCAGAUGUGGUGGACUGGCUCCACCGUAACGUGGAAGGCUUCACUGACCGCCGCGAGGCGCGCAAGUACGCAGGAAACCUGCUGAAGGCCGGUUACAUCCGACACACCGUCAACAAGGUGACCUUCUCUGAACAGUGCUACUACGUGUUCGGAGACCUCUGUGGAGACCUGGCUGUACUGACUCUGCUGGAUCAUGAGGUUUCCAGUCGAGGGGGAUCAGACUGUGACCCGCUGGCUCCUUCAGGCCCCCAGAGGCCCCCGGUCUUCCCAUAUCAGUACCCCGGCCCUCAUCCCUACAGCUCGCCUCACCCCCCCCAUCCGCUGCCGGCCUGGGGAGCAGGAAGUCCGCACAGUGAAGGAAGUCACAGCAGCGGAUCAAACUGUAGUGACGCUCAGAAGGAGGGCGGAGGACGAGGCAGUGAAUCAGAGCUGACCAAACAGGAAGUGAGCGCUUCGCCAGACAAACAUGGUCUCCAUGGUAACAAAGACUCAGAGGAUCUCCCGCCGGCACCCUCGCCGCCUCGAGGUCAGCACCGUGACCUUUCCUGCUUCUCGACAGUCCUCUGCCUCGCCAUGGGAAACCCCGGGAUUUCUUUGUGGAUGUCAUGUGACCUGGUUUAG